GGCCGGUGAAUGACAGGGGGCGUGUCCUUGGUUGCCGGUUUUAAGUGUGUGUGAACUCUCAAGUUGACGUCUAGUCUUUUUGUUCAGGUGCACACAGACUGACCGUUCCUCUGGCCCUUUUCCUUGGAAUUUUUGGGGGAAAACUAAUCCGCAGCUAUGAGUGAAGCACAACAGGAGGCCCGCUCCUACUUGAGCGAGGAGAUGAUCGCUGAGUUCAAGGCUGCCUUCGACAUGUUCGACACUGACGGUGGCGGUGACAUCAGCACCAAGGAGUUGGGUACCGUAAUGAGGAUGCUGGGCCAGAACCCAACAAGAGAGGAGUUGGAUGAAAUCAUUGAGGAGGUUGAUGAGGACGGCAGCGGCACCAUCGACUUUGAGGAAUUCUUGGUCAUGAUGGUCAGACAGCUAAAGGAGGACCAGGCCGGAAAGAGCGAAGAGGAAUUGGCUGAGUGCUUUCGUGUAUUUGACAAGAACGCCGAUGGCUACAUCGACAGAGAGGAGUUUGCUCUGAUCAUCCGCAGCACCGGAGAGAGCAUCACAGAGGACGAGAUCGACGAGCUCCUGAAGGACGGCGACAAGAAUGCAGAUGGCAUGCUGGACUUUGACGAAUUCCUUAAGAUGAUGGAAAAUGUGCAGUAAAGCAGGGACUCAAGGACAUUCCUCCUCCCCAUGACCUCCGACCCCUUCUGGCCCCUCCUCCUUUCACCCUCUACAAGCUCCACCUCCCCCCUGUCUUUACAGACCUCAGCCUUUUUUGACAGACAGGGCUCAUUCCAAUCGCUUAUUUUUCCCUCCUUGCAUCCUAUAUAGGAAACGUGUAUUAGGCAAAUGGAAAAUCCUUGUUCAGUCACACAUCAGUUUUAAGCCAUGUCAAUUACAGAUGUGAAAGAUUAAGAGAGGUGGAUCCACAGGCCGAUCAUGAGUACAUCACACGUUCUGGAAGAAAACCUCUGUGAAGGAUGCUCCCAUGUUUCCUUGCUCAAGCAUCCUUUGGGAGCUUCCUAGCUCCUCACUCAUAGCUCCUUCAAGGAGCAUUGAAUACGUUGGACUGUCUUUAAACAUGGCGGACCUCAAUCGAUUUCUGGGUCAGGCGAGGACCAAGGAGACAAGAAUGGAUAAAAUAAGUGAUUAGAAUGAGCCCACAGGCUCUGACUCCUGUCAAGUGGCUUUUUGCCUGCUUCUCUCUCACCAGCAUGAAGCCACAUCCAGGACUGACCACUGCAUUGUCAUCAUGGUCUAAAUCCUUAUGCUGGGAAGGAAUGCAGUUCCACUCUCUGCUGUAGGGGAGCACACCUUACAAUCCCAAGACACAACAACAACAGCCAGUGGCUCCCUCCACUCCCCCUAGCAGUAUGUCAUCUAUAUCAGCAGUUAGACUUUUAUACUUCCUAGUUAACACCAAGUCGCCAUGGAAACUGCACAUGAACACUUGUAAAGGUGUAAUAAACAAAUGGCUAAAAAAAACAUCUGGCUUCUGUUUGGUGGGUCUAGAAUUUCAUUAGUCUGUAUAUUGAUAAAGGAAUAUUAAUGAAAUAACUUUUUUUCCCUUUUCUACACUUUUUUUUUCUUGGUUCAAAGCCACCUAAUUUUUUUUUGGUUCAAAGCCACCUCUCUGUUCCAGAGGGUUGGGAAUGUGCAUAUAUUACAGUAUAAUAUUACAGAGGGUUGGAAAUGUGCAUAUAUUACAGUAUAAUAUUACAGAGGGUUGGGAAUGUGCAUAUAUUACAGUAUAAUAUUAUUUAUGGCACAAGGGGCAUACAAUGAAAUAAAAACUUAGAAAAUGCACUGGACCAAGAAAAUGAACUUGUACACAAUUUAAAUGCUACACACAUUACAUAGCAGUACAGGAUGGACAUAAGUGGAAGGUGCACUUACACCAGUCAAAAGAACAAUCAUGAUGAUCUGACACCUACAAGAAAUCUUUCAGAGAUUGAAGUAUUUUACAUGGUGAGAAAAGGCCCAAGGGAAAUUUUGAUCCUAAUUUCAUGCCAGGACAGGUCUAAGCCAAUCUUUUAGUUUUUUAGUUGUAUUGUCACCAAGCCAUGGAGUGAAUUUCUUUAUUGGUUAGAAAUGGACUGUGGAAAUGGGCUGUAGGUAUGCAGUGCAGGGAGGAUUUCUUGGUGAAAUGUUCUGCAGUGUCAGUCUGUGAACCAAGAAAUGACUGUGAUAUCAUGAACGGUUCCAGGAAGUUCUACUCAAAUAUGGUCUGGUGGGUCAUGCUGUUCGGGAGACAAACAAGACAGUUUCAGUAUGUAUGUAAUGGCUUUAAUUUAAUCAAAACUUUUGUAUGUAUGGACAGUAACAAAAUUUUUGUUGUUUUGGGUCGGUACUCAUAUACAUAUAGGCAUAUUACAUUUGAAAUGAAACAUUGAAUUGAAUUAAAGCCCUUUUAAUACAUAGCCCCUGCAUUUUAGGGGACCAAAAGUAAUCGGACAAAUUAACACAAUCUUCAGUUGUUGUCA